AUGGUCCAGUUCUCCGAAGAAACCAAGGAGCGUAUCUCCAAGGUCAUUGACGUCUCCAGAGUUGCCAUUCACUAUGGAUACCUGCCGUUGAUUGUUUAUCUCGGAUACACUUACAGUGAACCCAAGCCUUCUCUGUUCAAGCUGUUCUCGCCGCUCGCCUAG